AUGUCUCAAUUCAUAGAUUAUUCACUGUCAUUUGGCUCUAAGUGGAAUCGCUCAGGAGACAUUCUUUUUGAAAGAGCCAUUUUGAUUUUUCCAGAGGAAACCCCAAACAGGUGGUACAAGAUUGUCACUCAAAUCCCAAGAAAAUCUCCCAUGGAUAUGCUUGAACACUACAUAAAACUCAUACAAGAUAUCGAUGUGAUCGACUUCGGUAGUAUGGAUCACUACAUUCCAGACCGGUGGGAUUUAGAGGAGGAAGAUCAAGAGGAAGAAGAAGGUAGUACUAGCUCAAAAGUCGAGAAGAAGAAAGGGACUCCAUGGAUUGAAGAAGAGCACGUACUGUUUCUUGAAGGAUUAGUUAAAUAUGGAAAAGGUGACUGGAAAAGCAUCUCUAGAAACUUUGUGAUCACCAGGACGCCAUCCCAGGUUGCAAGCCAUGCUCAGAAGUACUUUGCAAGACAAAGGCCUGGGAAUAUGGGCAAGAAAAGGAAGAGAACCAGCAUUCAUGAUAUCACGACUGAUGAUCUUCCUCCACUAGGUGGUGUAACUCCAUAG